AUGGCUGAAAACGCUGAUUGGAAUGAGGAGAAUACUAGACUUCUAUGUGAGUUGUUUGCUGAACAAGUGAGAGCACACAAUCGCAGUGGCACUCAUCUUAACAGGACUGGGUACAAAAAUGUUAUGGAAAAGUUUAAGGAGAUGACUGAAUUGGAUUAUAGCAAGCUGCAAUUUAAGAACAAAUGGGAUAAGAUGCGGAAAGAGUAUGGUAACUGGAAAAGAUUGUCCAGGGAAACUGGGUUAGGAUGGGACCCUGUGAAGAAGACAUAUACUGCACCUGACGCUUGGUGGAAGAAGGAAAAUAAGGUAUACAAAGGAAUUGCCAAGUUCAAGGAUGGUCCUCUUCAGCAUGAAGAUUUAAAGACCAUUAUGUUUGAAGACAUUCGGAACACGGGAGAUGAUCAUUGGUCUCCUUCUAGUGGUGCUGCACCUAACACUCAAGACACCGAACCAGACGAUGACAAAGAUGAAGAUUACGAGGCUAAUGAAGCCAGUGAUGAUUGUCAUGAGAUCUCCCCUGAACCUUCGAAAGGAAAGCGGCCUGCACCUACUAGCCGAAAGGAUAAGGGUAAAAAACCAAAAACUUCAGGAGGACAUUGGGUGCAGGAUCAACUGACCAAGCUUGUUUCCAUGAGCGAGAGGAGUACUGCCUCAUGUGAGUCUUUGGCAAGGAGGGAGGAUACUUCUGGGUGUUCAAUCAAGGAUGUCAUGAUUUUGGUUAGAGAGUGUGGUGCUGUUCCAGGAAGCAAAGAACACUUCAUAGCUUCUCAAGUCUUCAUCAAGCGAGCUGAGAGGGAGAUGUUUAUGACUUUGGAGACGCCGGAAGAACGGUUCCAGUGGCUUACAAUGAAGCAUAAUUGGCUCACAAGGAAUGAUUCGACCAUGUAGUGUGAGAACAGGCUUGUGACGUGUUCAUUGUAUCAAUUUUCAUGAGUUUGUUACAUUAUUCCCUGCUGCGUGCAAGCUGUUAUUUUUUCCCUUCCAAAACCUUUACCAUGGUACUGUGCUGUAACAAUUUUUCAUGAACCUAGCAUAAUCUUCCUGUUGUCUUGUAA